AUGGUUUCUACUACAAAUUUCCCUGCCGAAGUCGUGCCCCAGGCUCCUGAAGACCCUCUCUUUGGUCUUGCACGAGCUUACAAGGCCGACAACAGCCCCAACAAGAUCGAUCUUGGUAUCGGUGCUUACAGAGACGAGAACGCAAAGCCCUGGGUGUUGCCGGUCGUUAAGAAGGCUGAUGAGAUCCUCCGAAACGACCCUGAGCUCAACCACGAGUAUGCCCCGAUCGCGGGUAUUGCCAGUUUCACAUCCAAGGCCGCCGAGCUGGUCUUUGGCGCUGACUCCGCCGCCAUCUCAGAGAAGCGCUCGACGACAUUGCAGACAAUCUCUGGUACCGGUGCCGUGCACUUGGGCGCUCUCUUCCUAGCCAGGUUCUACAAGGGCAACCACACUGUCUACCUGUCAAAUCCCACCUGGGCGAACCACCACCAGAUCUUCAAGAACGUCGGCCACUCAAUUGAUACCUACCCUUACUUCCACAAGGAGACCAAGGGUCUUGAUUUCGAGGGCUUCAAGCAGACUCUCAAGUCUGCUCCUGAGGGAUCUGUCUUCGUUCUUCAUGCUUGCGCACACAACCCCACUGGCGUUGACCCUACCCAAGAGCAAUGGACUGAGAUUGCUGCUCUCAUGAAGGAGCGAAACCACUUCCCCUUCUUCGAUACUGCUUACCAAGGUUUUGCCUCUGGUGAUCUCGUCCGCGAUGCCUGGGCUAUCCGAUACUUUGUCGAGCAGGGCUUCGAGCUUGUUGUUGCCCAGAGUUUCGCCAAGAACUUUGGUCUCUACGGCGAGCGUGCCGGCUGCUUCCACGCCGUUACCGCCCCCGCCGGUGAUGCCUCAAACACUAUCACCCGUAUCGGCUCCCAAUUAGCUAUUCUCCAGCGCUCCGAGAUUUCCAACCCUCCUUUGUACGGUGCUCGCAUCGUUAGCACUGUUCUCAACGAUCGCGACCUCUUCGCCGAGUGGGAAGAGAACUUGCGCACAAUGUCAGGCCGCAUCAUCAGCAUGCGCGAUACUCUACGAGCCAAGCUUGAGGAGCUCCAGACCCCUGGUGCCUGGAACCACAUCACGGAUCAGAUCGGCAUGUUCAGUUUCACUGGUCUUAGCGAGUCACAAGUGAUGAAGCUCCGAGAAGAAUUCCACAUUUACAUGACCAAGAAUGGUCGUAUCAGCAUGGCUGGCCUUAAUGACAACAAUGUCGACUACUUUGCCAAGGCUGUUGACAAGGUAGUAAGAGAGUCUGCUUAG